UAAAAAGUUAAAACUUCAAUAUUAAAGCUCUUACAAAAAAUUAUUAUUUGAUAACACAUUUUCAGGCGAAGACAUGUCAAACGUAUCCGCACUGUUGUUGACAUUUAACGCCAAUUAUAUCAAUAAUAGCAACGGCGCCGCUUCGGGUAAACUACAGACAGAACGAGAUCUCGAGCUACUGGAGCCCAAAUGGCAGGUCAUGUUAAUCAUACUUUAUUCCCUUACGGCCACACUGUCACUGGUGGGCAAUGUCAUCGCCAUAUGGGUGCUGACGGCUGGUAAACGGUCCUCAAGAGAGUUGCGGAUCUUUUUGGUGAAUCUAUCGCUGUCUGACAUAACAAUGGCUAUAUUUUCCAUACCAUUCACGUAUACCGACUUUAUGUUAGGUCGUUGGAUAUUUUACCCAUCAUUCUGUCCGGUCGUACAGUUCAUGCAAUUGGCCUCAGUUUUUGUCUCAGUCUAUACUCUAACGGCUAUUGGCAUCGAUAGAUACAUAGCCAUUAUCUACCCAUUGGCCAGUUCACGACUCACCAAAUCGUUUGGCACCGUAAUAGUGCUCAUCAUAUGGUUUUUGGCUAUAGGUCUGGGAUCCAUAUCCUUCUUCAACUCGAUGGCUGAGCCAUUUGAAUGGGCAAACAGUACAUAUUAUGACUGUAAGGAAACGUGGACUCUUGAAACGGCCCGUGCGUUCACUUUAGGCAUAUUUAUCAUAACCUUUGCACUGCCUAUUCUCAUAUUAACGUUCGCCUACGGGUCGGUUGGUCUGAAAAUGUUGAGACACACGACCCCUGGCAAUGCCGAUCUGGUACGCGAUGAGGCACAGCAUAGCGCCAAACUUAAGGUUAAUAAGGUCAUCAAAAUGUUGUCGACAAUUGUGUUUUUAUUUGCCGUUUGUUGGCUUCCCAUUCAUGUUCUCAAUUUGUUUAUUUAUUAUGCUCGGGAUUGGAUGGUCGGUCUAUACGAUACCGAAACCGGAUAUAAUGUCUACAUAGCACUGACCAUUGGCGCCCAUUGGUUUUCAAUGGCCAACUCUUUCGUAAACCCAAUAAUAUAUUGUUUUAUGAGUGAAAACUUCAGAACAGAUCUCAAGAUACUGGUCUCGAGAUGCUGUCCACUGAUGAAAGGUCGCGCCCGACGGGGAGCUACACUUCGCAGCAGUGAUUCUCUGCACUCGUAUCGGACGUCGGUGUUUGCGAUGUCCACAAAAAACACGAGUUCGGGUAACAGUCUGAUCACUAUGAACUCAAUCAGGACUCAUCCGCGCGCCGGUGACAACAACUGUGGCCACAAACUCAACGGCAACUCUAAGACAAGAGAUUCAUAUAUUCAGUAAUUUUUCAGUACAAAGAUGUGAAUGUUUGAGUGAGUGAUGAUUGAGAGAGAAAGAGAGAGAGAGAGAGAGAGAGAGAGAGAGAGAGAGAGAGAGAGAUUUAAGACAUUUUUUCAAUAAUAAAUUCAUUUUGAUUGACAAUAAUGUAAAAUAUAUAUAUCAUAUGUACUCUCACUUUUGUCAACCAAUGUUUGCCCUCAAAACAACUUCUGAUUGUCAUAUAUUUUAAUACCGAAUAUACAUUACAUAU